CGGGUAUCCUCUCGCUGCGUCUCUUUGCCUCCAUCAGGACACAGAGCUCCGCCUCGGAUGCUGCUGCUGUUUAUCUGAUUACCGCGAUACGAGAGCUGCGUCUCCUUAAAGCGACACUCUGUCUUAAUUCAUUAGACUACCGGAGAGAGGUGGAGAGAGACGCCGGGGAUGCAGAUGAAGAGAAGGAGCAGUACGCCUGUCCGCGGGUCGCCACCAUCACCUCCCUGCAGGACGUCGCGUGUCGCCGCUUCAUUUCACCGCCUUGAGAUUAUGAAACCAGCUGUAAUCUAAACCUACAUGCAGAAAAACCUCCAAAACCCCAUUCCUCUCUUUUCUGCUCUCCAUUCUACGAUACGCACUCGUUCUUCCUGCGUCGUUUCUUCCGCAGACGCGUCGCUACCUCCUUGCCUCAUAUUUAGGUUAUGCAAAAACGCGGCCUCCCGCUCCUUACUCCUGCUCCACAAAUGGACUAUGUUGCCUUCAUGACCUCUGUUAAAAGUCAAUAAAUCCGCAGUUUGCGCGUCCUUUUUCACCUGUCCGGCCUUUUGCAUUUCUGCGUUCCUGUGAGCCGCCCAUGCGUCGCCGCUGCCGCGCCACCGCAUCUGCUCUUCCUCCCCACAUGGACUUUGAAACCUGCGUAGAGCGCGCGUAGUCUUCGCGUCUCCGCCCUCUUUCUGCCGCUGAUGCGGUGCACAUGGGCGCUCGCUGUCUCUUCGUCCUGGCCGGUCAGUGAUCCUCUGGUCGGGGGGCGCUGGUGCCAGCAGAGAGGCAGGAUGGUGCGGAUCGCCAGCGCGCUGGGGCUCGUCAUGUUCAGCGUGGCGCUGCUCAUCCUGUCGCUCAUCAGCUACGUGUCCAUCAAGAAGGACUUCCUGCUCAGCACCCCCAGAUACGGACCUAAUGGAGGAUCCAGGAUGUCCAUGUUUCACGCGGGGUUUCGCUCCCAGCUGGCGAUGAAGUAUUUGGAUCCAGCUUUCACUCCUCUGACCAACGCUCUCAGUGAGGACCUGCAGAACUCUUCUAAAUGGAGCUACAACAGCACUGCUUUUAUACAGCUGCGAAAGGAGAUCUCUCAGUAUAUCGACAUCCCCCACAACUUCACACUGACACGAGACUCAGUUCGAAUCGGACAGCUGAUGCACUACGACUACUCCAGCCACAAGUACGUUUUCUCAAUUGGUGAGAACUUCCGCUCACUCCUUCCUGAGGCCUCGCCGAUCCUCAACAAACACUACAAUGUCUGUGCCGUGGUCGGCAACAGCGGCAUCCUCACCGGCUCGCGCUGUGGUGCCCAGAUUGAGAAGUUUGACUUUGUCUUCCGCUGCAACUUCGCGCCGACUGAGAUCUUUAAGAAGGAUGUUGGACGGCGGACCAACAUGACGACCUUUAAUCCCAGUAUCCUAGAGAAAUACUACAACAAUUUACUGACUGUGCAGGACAGGAACAACUUCUUCCUGAGCCUGAAGAAGCUGGAUGGCGCCAUCCUGUGGAUCCCGGCGUUUUUCUUCCACACGUCAGCCACAGUGACGAGGACACUGGUUGACUUCUUUGUGGAACAUCAAGGUCAACUGAAGGUCCAGCUGGCCUGGCCUGGAAACAUCAUGCAGUAUAUCAACAACUACUGGAAAACCAAGCAGCUGUCGCCGAAGCGACUGAGCACUGGAAUCCUGAUGUACACGCUGGCGUCCUCCAUGUGCGACCAGAUACACCUGUAUGGCUUCUGGCCCUUCGGCUGGGACCCCAACACGGGUAAGGAGCUGCCGUACCACUACUACGACAAGAAGGGCACCAAGUUCACCACCAAAUGGCAGGAGUCCCAUCAGCUGCCUGCCGAGUUCAAACUCCUUUACAAGAUGCAUACAGAGGGACUGCUGAAGCUCACCCUCUCCCACUGUGCUUAGGCCUAAAACUGCAGCAGUUAGAGCGCUUCUUCAAACUCCUCUUCAAGGCUUCCACGGGCCAGAGUUGGCGAAAUGACGAGGCAGACAAGGAAAGAAUUCAUGUUGUUUUGCCAAAAGAAAAUCUUGGCUCUAAGGCUGAGUUGGUGCAAUGGGUUCUGUUUUUAUCCAAGAUCCCUUGGCAAAAGCCCAUAAUCCUGUGCUCAAGACGAACCGUUUGUACAAACUGCGACAGCUCAAGAAACAAGGACUCUAUUAAUUUUCUAUAGGUCAAGAAUCUAAAGAAGAAGAGGACUGCAGUUAGUUUUUUGGAAAAGGUGACUGCAGCUAGACUUUUAGGCAGCAUUCCUCUUCAGCAGCAUCACAACCUUGAAUUGCUUCAUGGUGUUUUCACUCAUCACUCUUGGCGCUACAGCUACAAAUAUGCAGAUUACCUGUUUAAAACCAAGGCUGUGUUCAGACCGACAUUAGCACUGCGUUAAAGAAGGCAGAUGUCUUGUUCAUUUCUAUGAGACCACUGUGUUGACGCAGUUUGGGUCCUGACGCAGGGGGCCAUGGCAAAAAAGUUUAACCUGGCUCGAUGUUUGCUGCAAUUCAAUGCAACGUCAUCCAGCUACACACUGUGUAGGCCAAUCAGAUAUGUGCAAGCGCACAAUGCUGAGGUUUUUUGUGCUGCUUCGUUAGACACACUGAUCUGUAGUCUAAUAAGGACAACCAGUGAUAAAUAAAGCUAAAUCUUUGAUUUCAAUACAGAACUCCAAAAUUAAGUGCAAAAUGAAGAUAAACUAACCAUAGAUUUCAGUACAUUUAUUCUUAAAGCUGCAUUCCCUGAAUUUUUGGCCACGUGGGGACAGCAGAACAAGUUGAAACACAACACCAACAUAUUAUCACCUUGUAAAGUUGUUAGAGGUAAAGUGUAAACAAGCUUCCUGUUUACACAUCCAGCAGACACAGAGCAACAUUAUCAUCAUUUGAGUUGUGUUUGUGUCCACCUGAUGAAUGUAAGUCCGAUAUUCACUCUCCUUUUAGCUCUGGUUUGGUCUCAACCAACUCCUGAGAAAAAUAUCUGGUUCGUUAGCUGCUAAAUGUUCCACUUUCUUCACCAGCAAGUUGCUAACUUUGUCUGUUUGCCAUUUGGUGCUGGGCAGGUAGUGUACAUUGGGUUUAUUAGAGCUUGUUUCUAGAAACAAGGUUGAUACGGCGGUACAGUUUAACACUAGCACAGCAACAAUUAGCUCAGAGCACAGAGGGAUGUUGGAUUCAACACCAUAUAUGUCAAAAAGGUGGAGACAGGUAGGCUUGUUUGCUGACUUUGUAAAAUACAACUGUACAUAUGGUAACAGCAUCACAACAACAAAUCUGAGUAGUCACUGUUACCUUGUCGCUCAGUAAGAGUUUAGGCUAUGUUACAUGUUAGUUCUCUUUUUUUAAGUGACAGCCCUGCUUUGUAAAGAUUAGUAAUGUUAGCUAGCUGGUUGUGUAGCCAGCAUUAUGCAACUUAUCAGGAAGAUUCACUUUUAGCCAGUAUGCUGCCAUUUCUUUCUUCUAUGUUGUGAUCAUUUUUUGUUUUUCCCCCCCUCCAUUUUUGUGUGUUUUAAAAAACAUAUCAGGGUUAGAAAAUUGGUGAUGUAUGUUAGAAUAUAGUCUCAUGAAUCGCCAUUUUAGCCAGGUGGCUCCAUUCACACACCGUUAUUUUUUUCAUUUGCUUCUGCUAGAGUGAGGGAAUAUAGAGUUAGAGAGCUGCUAAAGAGAGUUUGAAAGGAUUUUAACCUGAAGUGCUGGGAGGCAGGUACAAUCGAUCCAUUAGCUUUGAUAGUAACUUGAAAAGAUAAUGGACACAAAUCCUAAAAUCUGUCUCUCACCUUGAGACUCAGGCAGCAGUUUACAAAGAAAUUACAAUCAAAAAAAUACUAUUGGUUGGUGAUUUGGAAGCUGAGUGUAAGUCAAAGAGAGUAGAUGACUCUAGUCAGAAAUAGUUACCAUUAAACAAAAAAAGAGGACAUACACCAGAUGUUUGCCCCAUACGGACGCACACUUCUUUUAUCUUAAGAAAGAAAAUAACUAUAUCUAGAAGAAAAUGGGAGUAUUGGGUGUUUUGUUUGUUAAGAAAGUGGUUGAGCAACAAAUAACAGCAAAAAAAACUUCUUCCUAAUUCUCACUUUUCUGGUCUAUUCAAGUGUUUUUAAUAUGUCCAACAUGAGACAGCGUGAGACCUUAGAUAAUUAAAACAAAAAGGCAACAUAUUCUCACAGCCAUGAAUCCCAGUUUUUACAUCUACAAAAACUAAAAAAAAAUUGUAUUAUAUCCCACUACUGCAAUUUUCAUCAAACAAUAAAACAUAAUUUGGGGUAGUUAAGAUUGGAUUUAAUUAUUUUGGCUAAAGUCCCCUGUGUUUUUUACAUGGGAACUGAUACAUAUUUCUGUUGCUACAUAAUGUCCAUCAUACCCUGUAAUGUCUAGAUUAUUCCAUACAUUGUAAUCUGGAAUUUGCAUCUGGACAUUCUCACCAAAUAAACAAAUAAAUAUACAGUAUUUUACAGUAACUUUGCAGAGGCAAUGGGUUUGGUAGUUAAAGAGACAGUUCUUCAACAAGACUAUUAUAAUUACUAUUAUGAUGAUGAUUUGAAUUAAGGGGGUCAGGUGCAUCAUCCCUGAAAUGGGCAGAGUUUCAUUUUGUUGUUAAACAGGAACAACAGUGGUCAAACCUGUGAUCAAACAGUUACAGAACAGUCUGUCAAAGCCCCAGGCCACCAAGCCCUUACAAGAAAGAAAAUGUGAAUUUCUUACAUGUGAAACACCAUUUUAAAUGUGAUAAAUUCACUCAUAUACAGGUGGUUUUCAGGUCUAUCAAAUGUUUGAUGUGCUUUUUUUGCAAGGGAGUGACUCAAUUCUUUUUUCAUGUAUUUUCACAUUUGUUGCAAUGUGUUAAUGAGACAACAUGGAUAACUGGGACUAUUUUUGUGCAGCUGAAUUUCAGCUGUGCUUUGCCUCAUUUGUUUGUUUUUUAGUCUCCUAGUUUCUAUGACUUGAAACAUGACAUUUUCAGGACUUUGACAAAAAGAUUGUUGGCAUGAAGCUUAAAAUCACUACUUAAUAAUAGUAGUAAUAAUGUUACCUGUUGACUUGAGCACAUUACAAACUUGUUAAAGUCAAUAGGAUGUAAUUGUUGGGUCUCUGUAAUUAAUAUACGGUCUAGACCUGCUCUAUAGAUAAAGUGCAAUGAGAUAACUUCUGUUAUGAAUUGGCACUAUAUAAAUAAAAUUGAAUUGAAUUGAAUGUAAUUGUAUUUUAUUUUUGCCACAUUUUAGUUUUGUUAUAUAAAAUAUCAUAAAAUAUAAGUGUCAGGUAACAUUUUCCAGAAGGUAUUUUUUGCAUUUUGAAUGAAAGAUAUUAAUGAGGCUUGCUCCAUCCAUAUCAAUAUGUCUUUAUAGAUCACUCUGUGAAGAGUAAUAUAUACUAAAAGCACAUUUAGAUAUCAUAUACAAUAUGCUGUAGAUUAACAAAUAUGUUUUAUUCAUGCACUUGAAAUUUCUUUCUUUUCAUAUAUCUACUCUGUAUUUAUUUAAUCAU